ACUAUAUCUCUUAUUGUUACAGCAGUCAAAAUGCAGAUUUUCGUUAAGACUCUCACUGGUAAAACGAUUACUUUAGAAGUUGAGCCAUCAGACACUAUUGAAAAUGUUAAAGCUAAAAUUCAGGACAAAGAAGGUAUUCCUCCGGACCAGCAGCGCUUGAUCUUCGCCGGUAAGCAACUCGAGGACGGGCGCACACUUUCUGAUUACAACAUUCAGAAAGAAUCUACGCUCCAUCUUGUUUUGCGCCUUCGUGGUGGUAUGCAGAUUUUUGUCAAGACCCUCACGGGUAAGACUAUCACUCUGGAGGUCGAGCCUUCUGACACCAUCGAAAAUGUAAAGGCCAAGAUCCAGGAUAAGGAAGGUAUCCCCCCAGAUCAGCAAAGAUUGAUCUUUGCGGGCAAGCAGCUUGAGGAUGGCCGCACCUUGUCUGAUUACAACAUCCAGAAAGAAUCUACUCUUCACUUGGUCCUGCGUCUCAGAGGUGGUAUGCAGAUUUUUGUUAAGACCUUGACAGGGAAGACUAUCACAUUAGAAGUUGAACCAUCUGACACCAUUGAAAAUGUGAAAGCUAAGAUCCAGGAUAAAGAAGGCAUCCCCCCAGACCAGCAGAGAUUAAUUUUUGCUGGAAAACAGCUUGAAGAUGGCCGUACACUCUCAGACUACAAUAUCCAAAAGGAAUCUACACUGCAUUUAGUCCUUCGUCUCCGAGGAGGCAUGCAAAUUUUUGUCAAAACAUUGACUGGCAAGACAAUCACUUUGGAAGUGGAGCCCUCUGAUACUAUUGAAAAUGUUAAAGCUAAAAUACAGGACAAGGAGGGCAUCCCACCGGACCAGCAGCGUCUCAUCUUUGCUGGGAAGCAACUUGAAGAUGGCCGCACACUGUCUGACUAUAACAUUCAGAAAGAGUCCACACUCCAUUUAGUAUUGCGUCUCCGUGGUGGCAUGCAGAUUUUUGUUAAGACCCUCACUGGCAAAACCAUCACCUUAGAAGUUGAGGCCUCUGACACCAUUGAAAAUGUAAAGGCCAAGAUUCAGGACAAGGAAGGUAUCCCUCCAGACCAACAGCGUCUGAUUUUUGCUGGUAAGCAGUUAGAAGAUGGACGCACCCUUUCUGAUUAUAAUAUUCAAAAAGAGUCUACCUUACAUCUUGUGUUGCGUCUCCGUGGUGGUAUGCAAAUCUUCGUGAAGACCCUUACUGGCAAAACCAUCACCUUGGAAGUAGAAGCCUCAGACACCAUUGAGAAUGUGAAGGCCAAGAUCCAGGACAAGGAAGGUAUCCCUCCAGACCAACAGCGUCUUAUCUUUGCUGGCAAGCAACUUGAAGAUGGUCGUACACUCUCUGACUAUAACAUCCAGAAAGAGUCCACCCUCCAUCUUGUCUUACGUCUCCGUGGUGGCAUGCAAAUCUUCGUAAAGACCCUUACUGGCAAAACCAUCACGUUGGAAGUAGAACCCUCGGACACCAUUGAGAAUGUAAAGGCCAAGAUCCAGGACAAGGAAGGUAUCCCUCCGGACCAACAGCGUCUCAUCUUUGCUGGUAAGCAGCUUGAAGAUGGCCGUACACUCUCUGACUACAAUAUCCAGAAAGAGUCUACUCUCCAUCUUGUCUUGCGUCUCCGUGGUGGUAUGCAAAUCUUCGUAAAGACCCUUACUGGCAAAACCAUCACCUUGGAAGUAGAAGCCUCUGACACCAUUGAGAAUGUUAAAGCCAAGAUUCAGGACAAGGAAGGCAUCCCACCGGACCAGCAGCGUCUCAUCUUUGCUGGUAAACAGCUAGAGGAUGGCCGUACUUUGUCUGAUUAUAAUAUCCAGAAGGAAUCUACUUUACAUUUGGUGCUUCGCCUUCGUGGUGGUUAUUAAUCGUGACAUUGUAAUACAACAUAAUUUUCUGAUUUUGACACAAUAAAUAAUAGUUGUCUUUGACUAAAAACAAUGUAACAUCACUAUUCUUAUUGCAGUAUUUGAUUAAAAUUUUAGCUUGGAAUA